UUAAGAGCAUCGGGUUCGAUGUUGAAGUGUGUUGCAGCCCAAAACAUAUCUGUCUUCGGUAAACAAUAAAACAUUCAUAAUCUAGAGUGAAAUAUGGGUAGGACUAUAUCAUUAUAAUGCAAGAUUUUGGAUGAAAAGGGAGUGCCAUUUCCAUGUGUUCCAGAUCCUAAAGAAGUGAUGGUUACAGAAGAAAAACAUGGGGAACUUUAAAUCAAGACCAACAGUGUCUUGUGCUGAUGAGCUGAAAAAGAAGAUCAGUGAAAGUUAUUCCUUGUUUCGAUCAAGAGCAAUAGAGGACCUGCGUCCCAAUGAAAAGGAUUGGACAGAAAUACAACUGGCUUGUGGGAAAGGAGAUUACAACAAAGUAGUAGAUCUAAUCACAGAAGAAAACAUAAAUGAGAAGACGGAUGGAGGGCUGAAUUUAUUACACAUAGUUGGUGCUUAUGGAGGUAGUAGAUCUCUGAUCAAAUUCCUGCUGGAAAAGGGAUUGAAACCGGAUAGUCUUAGUAAGAGACAGUUUACAGCUCUCCACCUGGCAGCAUACAGGGGGGAUUCAGAAUGUGUGUUGUGUCUGCUGGAGAACCCUAGUAUUGAUGUGAAUCUGGCUGGCAACAGUGGCCUUACAGCCUUACACAUAGCAGCCAUGUGUGGAUUUCAGGAGAUUGCUGAAAUACUGUUAGACAAUGGAGCCAAAAUCAACAUACAGGAUGCUGUAAAUUUUACACCUCUGCAUAUAGCUUGCAACUUUGGCAAUGAUAAGGUGGUGAGUUUGCUGGUGUCACACGGGGCUGACGUAAAUGCCUCUGGGGGAGUGGGGGACCGUCCAUUACACCUGGCCUGCUCCCGAGGUCACUUAAACAUCACCAAACUCCUGGUAGAGGCUCCACAACAGCCCGCAGAAGUCAAUGUUAAGGAUGAUGAAGAACACUAUCCGAUCCAUUUCUGUUGUAAAUCUGGUCACCUGACCGUCCUUAGUUAUCUGUUGGAGAAACAGGCACUGCCACACGUAUGCAACAUCUACGGGGACACACCUCUACAUCUGGCCUGUUACAGUGGUAAAGUAGAGAUAGUGAAACAUUUGAUCUCUGUUACUGGGUGUGAUAGCCUGGCAAAGGAGAAUAUCUUUAGUGAGACACCCCUUCACAGUGCCUGUACAAGUGGGAGAAGUCUGGAGUUGAUCAAAUAUCUUCUGGAGCUUCCUAAUGUUAAUAUUAAUUACCAAGGAAAGGAUGGACACACAGCUUUACACAGUGCCUGUUACCAUGGUCACAUCAGGGUGGUCCAGUUUCUGCUGGAGUGUGGGGCAGACAUGAAUCUGGUGGCAUGUUCUGAAAUGAAUGGAGGGACCGACAAAAAGGAGGAGCAGACUCCACUGAUGUGGGCCUAUGAACAAGGUCAUGACACCAUUGUGACCUUGUUAAAGCACCAUAAACGGCCACAGGAUGAGUCAGCCUGUGGGGACUACUCACAGCCUGGUGGAGAAGGGUCCUAUGUGUCUGUCCCUUCCCCCCUGGGGAAACUCAAAAGCAUGACCAGAGAGAAGAUUGAUGUGUUACAGUUGCGUUCAUCUCUACCUCGGAAUUUCCAGUUACAAAUCACUGAUUUAGAUUUUCAAGAGCCAAUAGGAAGUGGCUCAUUUGGCAAAGUGUAUAAAGGAAAAUGUCUCGGAAAAACUGUGGCAAUUAAAAGAUACCGGGCCUCCUCUUUUGGGUGUAAGUCUGAUGUAGACAUGUUCUGUAGAGAAGUAGCCAUUCUGUCCAGGCUAAAUAGUCCCUAUGUCAUUAGUUUUGUGGGUGCUAGUUUGGAUGAUCCAAGUAACUUUGCAAUUGUUACCCAAUUUGUUGCCGGAGGUUCACUUUUCAGUAUUCUCCAUGAACAAAAGAGACUCAUUGAUUUGCAGUCAAAAUUGACCAUUGCGACAGAUGUAUCCAAAGGAAUGGCUUAUUUACAUAAUCUGACACAGCCAAUCAUACACAGAGAUUUAAACAGUCACAACAUUUUAUUGGACGAGAACGGACAUGCAGUAGUGGCUGACUUUGGAGAAUCAAGAUUUCUUCUCUCAGAAGAGGAUAACAUGACAAAACAGCCAGGGAACCUGCGAUGGAUGGCCCCGGAGAUAUUCACUCAGUGCACUAAGUACAGCAUCAAGGCUGAUGUGUUCAGCUUCUCUCUGUGUAUUUGGGAGUUAUUAUCUGGAGAACUUCCAUUUGCACAUCUAAAACCAGCUGCUGCUGCUGCAGAAAUGGCAUACCACACAACACGACCACCUAUUGCUGUCACCUUUCCAAAACCCAUUGUCACUUUACUACAGAGAUGCUGGAAUUCUUGUGCUGAUGACAGACCUGAAUUUAAGGAAAUUGUGCCAGUCCUAGAGGAAUGUAAACAAACCCUGGUAGCAGAUCUCCUGAACAACACAGGAAUAACUUCACUUAAAGAGGCCAGCGAGCCUGGGGAGGGAGAAACCACGCCCCCCAUAGCGGGCAAUGUGAUGGCACUACGUACACACUGGGAAAUGGAGGCUUCAAAGAAUAGCAGUGUUCCUAUUGAUGAACUGAGACGCAGACUGCAGUAUCCACAGGUGGAUAAGAAUGGCUACGUCUCGGAUCCUCUCAGCACCCUGGGAAUCUCGGUCACCAUAGAACAGACUAAAAAACUACUGGAGUCGGCCAUUAACCAGGGUCAGGAAUCCGUCAUUGAUCCAAGGAAUAAACUGUGAAAGCCAUGUCCAGGACAGAAAAUACAGUAGUGGUCAUGAUGGAAUCUGUACUCACUAAAAGCUGUGUGAAUUUCUUAUCAUAGAGUAUCAAGUAUUUUUAUCACUUUUUGCCAAAAGUUAUAAACAACACAUGCGGGUAAUACAUUUCAUUGCUUAAGGUUUAUGCUUUGAAUCUUAUUUUGCGAGAUUUUUGAGAUGUUUUGAGUUUGGCUUGUUGUCUCUUUGGCUACAAAUUUAGGAUUUUACUCACUCUUUAUUUAUACUCAUCACUUCUAGUCAUUAAUAUCCUAAUUAUCAUAUUUUUAAAACUUAAUUAUACUUUUGUAAAUCUACCAUUAUGAUAUUAAUUUUUUAAAAUCUUUUUUUGCAAUAUUUUGCAUCUGAUUUAUGCAAAGAAUUUGUUGCCUUUGGAUGCUGAAGCAAUAGUUUUUGUAUUUCAGUAUACAAAUUGUACACUGUUAGUGGGCUUUUGAUUCUGUAAUUUUACCUACAUUUUGUAGAGUAUGCAAAUGAAAUGAAUCCAGUAUUAAGGGAGAAAUCCAGCUAAUUUUUGUAAUGGUUGUGCUUAUAUUGAAAUUAGUUGUGCAGUAAAAUAAUUUAUUAUA